AUGGCUAGUUACAACGCGCUGUCGACGACAGACACUGAGACGGCGCCGCCCGAUGUGACGACCUCGCCCGAGCAGCUAGGGGACGAGCUCAACGCCCUGCCCGCGCCCCCGAUCUUGGAUCGCCUGGAGCGCUUCCUUGCAAGUACCGGUUCGGGGCUUGAGGUCGGAUCCAGUUUAGAGGCUGUGCUACGUGAAGUGGACGCACAGCUGGCCGCGUUGGGUGCGAAAGAGGCCGAGCUUGAAGCCCGCGUGCAGGCUAGGCUGUCUGCCCUGCGAGAGCGCCUGAUGCAGUGGUCCCUCCAGCAAGAGAUGCAGGCUAUGCUGACGUCUUUUAGCUUCUUCAGCGUGGACGCUGCGCUCGUGCGCUCGGUUCAAUUUUGGAAGUGGUCACUCAAUUUCCUGGCGCGAUGUUUUGCUGACAUGAAUGAGCGCCGGGCUUUUGUCGACGGCUUGGUGGCCAAGAGCCUAACCACGCUUGACCACAUCGCGCAGACCCAUCCCGACAUUGAUUUUCAUUACCGACAGUGCGGUUCCAUUGUCCUCUUCUUUGACGAGGCGCAAAUGGCCCGCGAGCUGCAACAUGUCGUACCAGAGCGCGAUCAGGUUCUGACCCGAGCCGAGACCUUGCUUUUGGAACCCUCCUUGGAACAUGUUCAAUUUAUUGGGGCCAUUCGUCACACCAAGGACCGUGUGGGAAACUGUCGCGAGUAUGUGGCGGGCCUGGCCCGCCAUGCCGCACAGUUGGGUGUUGAAUUUCGUCUAUCGACCAAUGCAACUGACUUGCGCGUGGAUAAUGGCCGCGUUGCGGCCGUGGAGCUCAUGGACGCGGAUGGUGUUGCGGACAGUUUGCCCUGUGACUAUGCGGUGUUGGCCUGUGGACCAGACUCGUUGGCACCUUUGCGCAGUUCAGGCUGGUCCUGGCUGCCCAUCUUGCCCGUACGCGGGUAUAGCAUCACGGGCGCGGCUCGACCUGAGCUGGACUGUACCCCACGCGAGUAUGUGCUGCUCGACCAACCCUUGCACGUCAUUGCCGUCCGCUUUGGCGAUCGGAUUCGCUUUGCGUCUCAUGCCGAACUGACAACCGCGCUCGAGCCGGAUGAGGAGAAGCUGGACGACCUUGAACGCAUCGCUCGGACCUUCUUCCCGCGUGCCUUUGCCGACGGUGCUGACAUUGAAGCGUGGAUGGGACGUCGCCCGAUGACCUCGGAUAGUAUGCCCAUUCUUGGUGUGGGCCAUCUGCCCAAUUUAAUCCUUCACACGGGUCAUGGUGCGGAUGGCUGGCGCUGGUCGCAUGCCUGCGCUGAACUAACGACCGCCCUUUUGCUUGGGGAAACCCCGGACUUGCCCUUGGAUCAGCUGUCUCUCGAGCGAUUUCCUUUUUUGUAG